UUUUGCUGACAAAUUCCUUUGGCGUGCAAAUAGUUCUGUCCCUGCUAGGGCUGAUGUCACUGAACCGAGUGCAUUUAGGAUGCUCACCUCUCUAUUUGCUUCAUUUGGAAACAGAUAUGUAUGUAAAAAACGAAAGGAUUCAAGGCGCUUUCCUUCCUAAAUAAUUUGGGUGUCUCUUCCCUCAGUUUUAGUCAAAUGUGUGAGAGUAGUUUGUUAAUUAGUUGAGCUGGAGUUGCCAAAGUAGCCUGUAUACCUGCGCAGUCUGGAUGGGAAGCCUUUGCAACUGCUAUUGUCCUCAAGCAGCUGAGCAUCAGAGCAUUUUCUCUUCCUACACAAGCCAGCAAAAUGACCACAUCCAGCAGGCAGAGCUCUUCUACAACUAAGGUCAACAACUUGGCCAAAAUAUUUGAUCCAAAUGCUUUGCAAAACCAAGGGCCUGAUGUUGCAAUGGAGCCACCCCAAAUUCUUCGUGUUGAAAGCAGUGAUGUCAGCACGUCUGAAAGUUUUAACAUCAUGGAUAUGAAGUUUGCCUCCCUUGAACAAAAAAUAGAUAAGCUGUUGACUCUGCAAGACAAUGUCCUUAAGAAGCUUAACAGUGUUUCUCAGGAAAUCUGUUGCAUUGAAAAAGAUAUUGAGAUUGUAAAAGCGGAGACAUCUGAACCUGGAUCGAGGAUGGAAAGAAACAAAAAGCUAAAAAGUAAUGAAAUGAAAAGGCUUUGCCUUAAAAUGAAAAAAUCUCUUUCUGAUAUAAACAGGAAUGCAGAACAGCAAGUUAAAAGACUAGAUGGACUGGAGCAAAGAGUUUAUGGAAUACAGAAGCUCGUAGGGCCUCUGGCUGAAAAGGUUAAAACAUUAAUAAUUCAUCAUUCAAGCUUGAAACACCAUGUUCAAAAACGUAAGCUUCAUAAGGUCGGUGAUUACACAAAAGGAGCUGGACAUGGUUUGGGAAUGCAGAUUUUCUCACAGACAACAGCUGGUGCCCUGCUCAAGAAGAGAAUUGAAAAGGACAUCAAAGAAAAGUCACAUUUAAGUGAGAUGGGAACAAAUUCUACAAAAGAGAAGAAACCUCCAGAUUCAACAGAGGGGGCCAUCCAGAAGAGCCAGUCCUGCUCUCAUGAAGAAGAAGUUGAUAAGCUCAACAAGGAAAAUGCUGAGAGGGAAAGUUCUGUUCUGCUUCAAAUGGAUCCUCCCAGACUUCAUCAUGAAGGGCCAGAGCAGAAGCAAGAAAAAUUGGCUUUUGAAAGCUGUAACAGACACAGGAGGGGUUCUGUUCAGAAAUCCUUCACUACAGAAAGGCAACAAGAACAAGAAGCUCUUGAUGAUGCUUGUCAAAGGAUAACUGGGCAGGAAAUAGAGAGUGAGUCCCCAGCAGAUGGGGAGAGGAAGGAGGAACAUCAGGUGUCCGUAGCUGAAAAACAAGAAGAGAGGAAGAAUGAAGGGGAAGGAGUUGCUGAUAAGAAUGAAAAAGAGGAUAAGGAACCACCAGCACUAUCUCCAAAUCAAGAUGAGGCAGGACAAAGCCAGGAUGAAGAGGCAACAGAGGGAAGGUGUAAAGGCUGCGGAAAAGAUGAUAGUUCUACUCCACCAGCACCGUUUGAUCACCGGAUUGUCUCAGCCAAAAGGGUGGGGAUCAGCAGUUAUUAUAACGUCAACAAGAAUGAAAUCCUGGGAGGAGGGCGAUUUGGUCAAGUGCACAAAUGUGAAGAAAAAGCAACGGGUCUCAAGCUAGCAGCCAAAAUUAUAAAAGCCAGAGGUGCUAAAGAGAAGGAUGAAGUGAAGAAUGAAAUAAGUGUCAUGAACCAGCUGAAUCACGUGAACCUCAUCCAGCUGUAUGAUGCCUUUGAAUCCAAAAAUGAUAUUGUCCUAGUAAUGGAAUAUGUGGAAGGAGGAGAAUUGUUUGACAGAAUUAUUGAUGAAAACUGCAAUUUGACAGAGAUGGAUACUAUUUCAUUCAUAAAACAGAUCUGCGAGGGAAUUCAGUACAUGCACCAAAUGUACAUUCUUCAUUUGGAUCUAAAGCCAGAAAAUAUCUUGUGUGUGAACCGAGCUGCAAAUCAAAUAAAAAUUAUUGAUUUUGGAUUGGCAAGAAGAUAUAAACCCAGGGAAAAACUUCGAGUUAACUUUGGGACUCCAGAAUUUCUUGCUCCUGAAGUUGUGAAUUAUGAGUUUGUCUCCUUUCCUACAGACAUGUGGAGUGUAGGAGUCAUUGCUUACAUGCUCCUCAGUGGAUUGUCUCCCUUUUUGGGUGAUGAUGACAAUGAGACCCUCAACAAUAUUCUGGCCUGCAGCUGGGAUUUUGAAGAUGAGGAAUUUCGAGGUGUUUCUGAUCAGGCCAAAGAUUUCAUCUCAAAGCUUCUCAUCAAGGAAAAAUGCUGGAGAAUAAGUGCAACUGCUGCCUUAAAACACCCCUGGUUAUCAGACCACAAGCUUCACUGCAGACUCCAGAAGAAGGCUAAAGGCACCUGUGUGUCCCAAGCACCCCCGACUCCAUAAUCCCUCUGAAAGAGCUGCCAAACAGAAGGCUGGCUUGGCUGCCUCCCCCAGGGUGGCCAGGGAGAAGCAAAGUCUGCUCUCAUGUUCAGUCACUGGUCUUUGACCAAAGCAUGCUCACUCAGCCACUUUGAAAUCCGGCUACCUCAGGCGGCGCAGUAUCUCCGUAAACCAGCACAUCAAUUCCCACAGCCCCGUUUACAAACUACCACAGAAGGUGGGGCCCCUGAUGAAGCACCAUGGGAACCACUCAGAGGUUCUGGGGGCAUCUCUGGGCAAGACUCAGUGGAGGGUCAAGAUGUGAACAAGGCUGAGAACACACACACUGUAAAACCACUUCCUUUUAAUCAUGCGUCAUGCGUAACAACCAGGAUACCAAAAUAAAAGUGUUCCACUUCUCACCGCAUGCAAGUUUUUAGUGCUGCCAACAUCCAUCAUCCACUUGAUAGGGCAGGAGAUGUGGUGAUUUUACUUGCAACGGGUUUUGUCCAGAAACAUCUAAAAAAGACAGAUUAUUGUGAACGGUUGAAAUUUUUGUUCUGUUUUGACUAAACAUAGGAUUGGCACAGAUUUUCUAACAGUGUGGUGUAGUCCCACACAAGUUAUUUAUCUUUAAACGAACUAUCUUAAGAAUGAGAAGCUGCCUUUCCAUGGUACACUGGAGGUCAGUGAAGGCUAAGGUUCUGUUCUUAUCUCCUGCUUGCCCUGUGAAGCCACAUAACUUCCUGAUACGUAAUGCCCCAUCAUCACCUUCUGCAGUGGGAAUCCACUGGGAAUGAAUAGCUCUCCGUGAUCCACAGCAUUCGUCCCUGCUUCACUGGUGCUGGGACAGGUUACAUGAAGCUUUGGUCCAAUCACUGGUGCACUUCUACAUAGUAAAUUUCAAAACAGAUUUUCCUAGUGGUUUAAUCUGUGUUUGCCAUUUCAAGCUACUGUCUGCCCAGCAACCAAAUGCCCCAAACUCUCCUGCUUUCAACCAGGAAGCCCUGUAUUACACACAUUUCUAUUUCAACCAAGAUCAUCUUUGAGAUUACAUCUCUGUCCAGCAGCAGUCAAAAUUAUUUUUAAAUAAACCUGUUAUAGUUUUGUAACGUAGUAACUUACCCAUGAUCUAACCUGAAGGAAAACCUGCUUUUGGCUUUUGCAGUGUUAUUUCCUCUGGGAGUGUUUUUCUAUUUGGAGUUUAUUUGAGUAAAUGAGUGGAUCUAAAGCCAUAGCACGGCUUUGUUUUUAAAGAAUCCCUUUAGCUAUUUUUAUCAGGAAAGUAGUGUGGUUACCACAUUUAACCCAAAAUAAUGCACUCAAGUGCCAGCUGAUUUAGGCCUGGCAUCAUAAAUGCUUGCAGCGGUAACACAAAUAAAUGGAGAGGUUUGCAGCCUCCCUUUCCAUGCUGGGAUCUGUAUGACAAGAGUGGCAAAAAA